CCACAACACUUACCACCACUUCUCUCUCUCACAUCUCUCACUGUUUACUCUUUUAAUUCAGGCUUACAUUGAAGAAGCAAAACAAGAGGCUGGCUAUAUUUUUUCGGUAAGAUACUCAUUCUCUGCAUUAGAGGGAUAAUAUCACAGUAUGCAGACCCAAAAGGCAAGAAAUGGAUCUCCAGAUGUUCCCAAGAAGGUGUCUCCUCGAGCUGCUCGGACACUGAAGAUACCAGCGUUAGAUCCUGACUCCUCUUCACCUCCUAUCUUAGCUAAUAGCAGAACACCAAAGGACAAAAGUCCAAAAUUUCCGGACCGUAGGUCUCCACGCAGCCCUGUCUCGGAGAAGAAGAGGCCAAGCAGAAUAACGGAGCUCGAGUCUCUAGUCUCCCAACUUCAAGAGGAGCUAAAGAAGGCGAAAGAUCAAGUAACAGUGUCUGAGACAGCAAAGAAACAAGCAGAGCAGGAAGCGGAAGAGUCCAGGAAAGAGCUACAAGAAGUUUCCUCUAAGCUCCAGGAAACUCAGAAUCAGUGUUUGGAAGUCUCAGUCUUGGAGGAAGAAACCGAUAAAACCAGUGCUACAGCUGAUGAAAGGAGAGGAUUAGCUGUUGUUGUUCAGGAGAUCAGACAACUUAAGCUUCAGAUUGAGAUGGUGGCUUCUUCUGAAGCUGGUCAUGUGAAACAGGCUGAGCUGCGUAACUCGGAGAUUCACCUUUUGAGAGGAAACUUAAUGGACACACUUUUUCUCGUUGAGAAUUUUAGGGACCAGCUUAAGGACUGUGAGGUAUCAGAGGCUGAAACUGAGGCUUUAGCCACUGAAACUCUUAGGCAACUGGAGAAUGCUAAAAAGGCAGUAGAGGAACUGAAGUCAGAUGGCACUAAAGAAGUUGAAAGUUAUAAGAAGAUGGCUGUAGAGCUUGAACAGGCAAAAUCAAGGAUGGUAUGGCUUGAAGGUCUUGUGACUAAGCUUAUGGACAAUCCUGAAGACUAUGAGAGUUUAAAACUUGAGGAAUCAAAUGAGAUGAACUUAAGAUGUGAGGUAGAGAGACUGAGAGCAGCUCUAGAAGCUUCUGAUAAAAGAGACCAAGAGGUGAAUGUAGAGGCUUCUUCUCAGUUAAGGAUACAAGCUGAACUCCAGUCUGAAUUAAAGAUAGCUAAAUCCGAGAUAGAGGAGCUAAAGGCGAGGUUGGUGAACAAGGAAACAGAGUUACAGUUUGUUUCAGAGGAGCUGAAACUGAUGAAGAACCAGAAGGAGAGAGAUGUUGAAGCUGAGCUGAAGCAACUAAGGGAAGCUAUCGAGAAUUUGAAGGCGGAUAUGAUGGAUAAAGAGACAGAACUCCAGAUAGUUUCAGACGAGAACGAGACACUGAAGUCAGAUAUCCACAAGAAGGAGACAGAUGUACAAGACGUGCUCAUGAAGUUAGGGAUUGCAAUGGAAGAAGCUGACAAGAGUAGUAAGAGAGCGGUUAGAGUCACUGAGCAGCUAGAAGCAACUCAAGCGUCAAACUCAGAAAUGGAAACAGAACUCAGGAAGCUCAAAGUUCAGUCAAACCAAUGGAGAAAAGCUGCUGAAGCAGCUACUUCCAUGCUCUCUGCUGGAAACAAUGGGAAGUUCGCUGAGAACUAUGAUCAAGCAAACUCUCCUUACUCUGAGGAUGUAGAUGAUGAACUGACAAAGAAGAAAAAUGGGAAUGUGCUCAAGAAGAUUGGUGUUUUGUGGAAGAAGCCUCAGAAAUAG